CACUCUUUCCUCAAGUAUAUGAGCAUGACUAAACGGAACGUGUCGACUAAACACACAAAAAUGGAAAGAGCAAUAAAGAAAGAAAUAUCCAAGAGAAGGAACCUCACUUAUUUCCGUAUAAGUGUCAUCAUGUCUUUUCUGAACCCAUCAUCUUUAAGGAAGAGCCCGCUGCUUUUCUCUACCUUGCUCCUGUAUUCCAACAUAUCAGAUCUGUGCGGCUACUUCUGUCAAUAUUCACAGCUAUCCUUAUUGAAUUUAUAGAUGCUAUUUAUCCAGGAAGUUCCUUAAACAUGAAGUCUGGGCUCCAGCACCUACCAUACAAGAGAAAUUGAUCGUAGCUCAUCAUUCCUCCUCAACCCUGGCUACCAAUUGAAUAAGAACUCCCCAAAUGAUAACAGGCAUCCUUUAAAGCCGCUUCCUAGAAUAAUCAUGCUUGAGUUGUGUCUUUCUUUUGAACUCAUUCCGUCUCAUCUCAUCUAGACUCUAAGAAUGGCGUCCACAAUCUACCCACCCAAGGAAACCAACUCCCAUCGUUCUCAUAUUCCACGCCUUAACAUCGACGCGGCAAUGGCCUCUCAGCCGUCAUCGGCACCACCUUCUCCUAAACCAAACAAUAGCAACGGUAGUGCUCCUUCAAAAUCUAAGGGCCAUGGGAAAGAUACCUAUCGCCUCCUCUCGCACGACGAGUGGGUUCAGUUCUGCCGAGGUGUUGGUGUAUUCAAGGAUGAUGAGAGCGAAGAGGUCAUCCGCCCGACCAGUACGCUGUGGCCACCAAAGGGGUUCAGAGAUGGUUUGUACCAAGAUGUUCUCACUGAAAAGACCAAGUUCACGUACAUGUUUCAUUCCGUGGACAUCGUCAGUUGGCUCUUGAUGCUUCUCCAGAUUGCAAUGGGUGCCGUCUUGACUGCUCUUGGGUCAGUAUCCUCAUCGAAGAAUGGGACAGCAAUCACUACUAUUGCUGCGAUCAAUACCUGUGUCGGCGGAAUCCUCGCCUUGCUACACAACAGUGGCCUGCCAGCCCGGUAUCGCUCAGACAGGAAUGAGUUCUAUAAGCUCGAGGAACACAUAAAGUCGAUCGUCGACACAGCCCUUGUGCCUGUCGAUCAGGACAUCAACGCGGUCCUUGCUAACUGCUACGAGAUAUUCCGCGACGCUAGACAGACUGUUCAAAACAAUAUCCCGGCUUCUUACACUACUUCACCAACUAGUGGAAAGGCGCCUAGCGCCAGGAUCUCGAAGGUAAUUGAGCCUAAGAAGUGAAGUCAGUGAGGUCGGUGAUAUCAGAUCAUUAUGUUGUUCGGCCACCAGAUAGCUUCAUAUUUUCUAUCCUGGGAAGCAUGUUUUUUGAGGGAGCCUGAAUGUUCGGUUUAUGGAUUCUUAUUAGUACCACAUGUUAGCCUUUUGUUAGUCAGGUCGGGUUCAGUUCUUAUGGAGACGCGAUAAUGACUUCUAGGUCCUACGGAGCGUGUCAAGGGUUAGAGUUAUAAAUUUUGUAAGUAGAAAGGUCUUAUUUUUGCUCACGUAUUAAGAAGUAGGCGUCACGACUAAUACAAGAGGAAUAGUUUAGAUGAAAGUGACUUCUCAGUCUAUCGACUCUGCACCUGUCCGUGACUCAAAAAUAGAUAUGACUGAAAAUAGAGCUAGAAUAGUAUUCUUCAGAGCACAGUGUAUACUCAUUAGAGAGAAUGACUAAAUACGAAAGACGGGUAUGGUUUCAUAGAUUAGCGCUGAGAGUUGCUUGAGUUCUGCCUGGAAUAGGGGGUUGGUCCAUGUACAUUUCCCCCCUGACUAAC